AUGCCCGUCCUCGGUGGACGCGUCGAUGGCGUCGUUCCCGCGCGCGCGUCGCCUCGCGCGCGACGCGCGCGCGUGGACGGCACGCGCGGACGCGCGGGAAUAGGCGCCCAUCGCUCGAAGCGACCGCCGAUCCGCGCGCGCGUCGUCGGACGAUCGAGCGAACACGCGAUCGAUGAACUCUACCUCGGUGGUCAAGCGAUUCGACGCGGGAUGUCGAUCGAGCUCGAGAUCGGGGCGUCGCGGGUGCGAUUGGAGACGGGACGCGUCGGCGCGCAGGCGAACGGCGCGGUGAUGGCUUCGGAGGGCGAUACGGUGAUCUACGCCACGGCGUGCGCGUCGAGGGAAUUAACCGGCGAUGGGUCGUUCGUGCCGCUCACGGUGAAUUACUCGGAACGGUUUUCGGCGGCUGGGCGCACGGCUGGCGGGUUUAGGAAACGGGACGGGGCGGUGAGCGAACGCGAGACGCUCAAGGCGCGCUUGGUCGAUCGACCGAUUCGGCCGAUGAUUCCCAAGGGAUGGGGGUACGAUACGCAGGUUUUACAGUGGUUGAUGAGCUUUGACGGCGAGCGAUCGACCGACGCGUUGGCGAUCACCGCCGCGUCGGCGGCGUUGGCGGUGAGCGACAUUCCGCUGAAAAAACCAGUGGUCGGCGUGCGCGUCGGACUCAUGCCGGGCUCGGAUGAGCCCAUCGUGAACCCAUCGCAGGAGCAGAUGAAGGAGUCCAGGCUCGAUCUUGUACUCGCGGGGACGGACGAGGCGGUGCUCAUGAUUGAGGGCUUUUGUGAUUUCUUGACGACGGAUGAAAUGUUGCGAGCCAUCGCGAAAGGUCACGAAGCCGUCUCCAAGGCGUGUAAGGAAAUCGACGCCUGGGCGCAAACCGUGGCUCCGCCGAAGAUGAACGAAAAGCUUAUCGUCCCUCCCGAGGGUGUGGACGAGGCCGUGGAGGCUCUUGUCGGGGCAGAGCUCGCCGAGGCCAUCGUUAUUCCAAUCAAGCAAGUGCGCGGCGCGACGAUUGGCGCGGCGCGCGAGCGCGCCGUCGAGGCUCUGAAGGACCAGUAUGAGGCCUCAGCUGUCAUCAAUGCGUGUGGGAAGGUCGAAUCGCGCGCUCUUCGUGACACGAUCCGUACCAAGGGUCGCCGUCAAGACGGUCGGACGACAAGAAUGGUUCGGCCUAUUGCGUGCGAGGCGGGUCUUCUUCCACGUACGCACGGUAGUGCACUGUUCACCCGCGGCGAGACACAAGCCAUUGGUGUCGCAACCUUGGGCGGGAACCAAGACGCUCAACGUGUCGAUGACAUCGAAAAGACCGAAGACAAGCGAUUUAUGUUGCAUUACUUUUUCCCGCCGUCUUCGGUUGGCGAGACAGGUCGCAUCGGCGGCGCGUCUCGCCGUGAAGUUGGCCAUGGCAACUUGGCUGAGCGCGCACUCACCCCAAUCAUUCCCUCUCAAGAGGAGUUCCCGUUCGUAUGUCGAAUGGAAAGCACCAUCACCGAAAGCAACGGUUCGUCUUCUAUGGCAACCGUUUGCGCCGGUACGCUCGCGCUUCUUGACGCGGGAGUUCCCCUCAAAAGGAAAGUGGCGGGUAUCGCCAUGGGUUUGAUUUUGGGAUCCGAAGCCUCGGGUGGUGGUGAAAAGCUCGAGCCCAUCGUGCUCACGGACAUCUUGGGCUCUGAAGACGCUCUCGGAGACAUGGAUUUUAAGGUCGCUGGUGACGCAGACGGCAUCACAGCUUUCCAAAUGGAUAUCAAGGUCGAAGGCAUUACGAUUGAUGUCAUGAAGACUGCUCUCGAAGAAGCGCAAAAGGGUCUUGUGCACAUCCUGGGCGAAAUGGACAAGUGCAACCCGCCGCCCGCGUGCUCGGCGAGCCAGUACGCCCCACGGAUGGCCUCCGUACCAGUUCCGGAGAGAUUCAUCGGCAAGGUUAUCGGUAAAGGUGGUGAGACUAUUAAGGGUAUCAUUGAAAAGACCGGUGCCGCUGUUGACGUGAAUAAGGAAAAGGAGAUGGUGUUCAUCACGGGGGGUGCUGGCGCGGAUGUCGACGAAGCUGCGCGAAUGGUCGCAGCUUUAACCGUCGAAGCCGAGGUUGGGAAGAUCUACCGUAACUGCCAAGUUAAGAAGAUUGUUGAAUUCGGUUGUUUCGUCGAAUUUUUGCCCGGCAUGGAAGGUUUGGUUCACAUAAGUGAGCUUGACGUCUCUCGCGUCCCAAACGUCUCUGAUGUUACGGCUGAAGGAGCGUUGCUGGACGUGAAGGUCAUCGAGAUCAAUAACCGAGGACAGACGAGAUUAAGUCGCAAGGAGGUCUUACUCGAAGAAAACCCAGAUAUUGCCGUCGCGGCAGCUGCGCCCAGACGGAACGAUGGCGGCGGCGAGGACGACAGAGGUCGUCGGGGAGCGCGAGGUGGCAAGCCAAAGCGUGACUCUGGUGGAUUUUAA